AUGUCUCAAGACCAUCAUCAACUAGACAGCAAUCUGAUAUGCCGAGUCAUCUUGCCGUUGAUACAGUCCAACCCAUCUGUCAGUAUUUCAGUUUUGCAAGGUGCAGUACAGGUGAGCUAUCACUUCAAGUCGUCCUACAGAAAGGUGUGGAUGGCCAAGCAGAAGGCAAUUGCACAAAUCUAUGGGGAUUGGGAAGAGUCGUACAAUAAGGUUCCCAAGUUGCUUCAAGCACUGCAGAGCUAUUUUUCUAGUACCAUUUGUGACCUCCGCGUCAAACCAUUAUACAAUGCGCACCUGUUUGUACGUGACUGCAAAGCCUUCAAGUAUUGCAAGCCCUUUGUCUCUGUAGAUAGGAUGCAUCUGUAUGGAAGGUAUAGUAGUGUGUUGCUUAUUGCGGUGGCACAAGAUGGGAAUAGCAACAUCCUGCCCAUUGCAUUUGCCAUUGCGGAGUUCGAGAGUAUGGAGUCAUGGUCGUUCUUCCUAACUAAACUGAGACGCCACGUCACCCCACAAGAUGGCCUGCUGGUUAUCUCUGACAGAUCUCAAGUUAUCAAGGCAGCGCUUAGCUCCAAUGAUAGCGGUUGGCAUCCCCCUAGAGCCUACCAUGCUUACUACAUCAGACACAUGGCUGCGAACUUCAUGACACGAUUCAAGCCAGUCGAGGGCAAGAGGUACCUCAUUAAUGCUACUUAUAGUCCAAGCAAAGUCGAUUACGAGUGGUACAUGAAUGCAUUGAGAGGAGUCUCGCCUACCAUGGUUGACUGGGCUACUCGUUUUAGGAAGGAGAUUUGGCUACAACAUUGCGAUGGCGGGCGUCGAUUUGGCCAUAUGGCGACAAAUCUAUCCGAGUGCAUCAAUGCAGUGUUGAAGGGCACCCAGUACUUGCCAAUAUCUGCCAUUGUGCGCAUCACGUACGAGAGAUUACAGAAGUUAUUCAUGACGAAGGGUAGAGAGGCGCAGUCAUAG